GCCCGCUCUGACUCCCGGGGAAAAUCCACCGCCGUGUCUUGGCUGCGCCGCGCUCCGCUCCGCGCCGCUCCGCGCCCAUCCGCGCUGCACUGCGGGGCCGCCGCCACUCGCAUGCUGCCGCCCGCCGCGCUCCCACGCGCGGGGCGCCGGCCCGGGCCGCGCCGGGACCAGCCGAGCCCAACCGAGCCGCUCCGGUACCGGCCGGGCCGGGCCGUCGGGGAGCCGCCCGGCAGCGGCCGGAGGAUGUAGGCGGCGGGAGCGGGAGCCUGUUGUCCCCGGGAGACCCCACAGAGAGGAGCCGCCGUCACUGGGGCCAUGAGGACAGCAUCCCCCUGAGCGCUGGGCGGUGAGCCCGCAGGGACAACCCUGCAGGAUGCCGAGGCUAUGGGGCGGGUGCUGACACCAUGAAGGGCUACCAUGGGGAGCGUAGCCAGGCACAGCCCUCCUCCGGCCACCGCUGCCGCUGCAUCCCUGAGAACUGCCAGCAUCCUGCCAGCUACGUCCAGCACGGCCUUGAGGGCCGGCCGCCGUACCUCCUCAGCCCCAGCGAGCCCUGUUCCCUGGAGCAUCCCUUCUGUCCAGCGCGGAGCCCCGGCGAGUGCCCGGGCGGGCCCCUGAGCGAGCCGCCCUCCGCCAGCGCCAGCAGCACCUUCCCGAGGAUGCACCACGCGCAGCAGCAGCCCUACGACUCCUGCGACGAAUGCAUGGCGACCGCCCACCCCGCCAGCAAGAUCAACCGCCUGCCCCCCACGCUGCUGGACCAGUUCGAGAAGCAGCUGCCGCUGCACCACGACGGCUUCCACACGCUGCAGUACCCGCGGGCCGGCGGCGCCGAGCCCCGCAGCGAGAGCCCCAGCCGCAUCCGCCACCUCGUCCACUCCGUCCAGAAGCUCUUCGCCAAGUCCCACUCCCUGGAGGCGCCGGCCAAGCGGGACUAUAACGGCACCAAGAUGGACGGCCGCGGGGACGGCUACCACCACCACCAUCACCACCACCACCACCACCACCACCAGUCCCGCCACGGCAAGCGCAGUAAGAGCAAGGACCGCAAGGUGGACUCCCGGCACCGGUCCAAGAUGAUGGGCUGGUGGAGCUCCGACGACAACCUGGACAGCGACAGCAGCUACAUGGUGUCCGGCCGGCACGCGGCCGACCAGGGCACCCAGUACUGUGUGGACGCUCCCGAAAGUGCCUUCAGAGACUUGACCUUGAAGAGUCUAAAGGGUGGCAGGGAAGGAAAAUGCCUGGCCUGUGCCGGCAUGUCCAUGUCUCUGGAUGGCCAGACACUCAAGAGGAGUGCCUGGCACACCAUGACAGUCAGCCAGGCCCGCGAAGCCUACCCCAGCACCGGUGGCACCGAGAAGACCUUGAUGCUUCAAGAGGCAAAGGCCAAAGACCGGGCGUACCAGUACCUGCAGGUGCCGCAGGACGAGUGGAGCGGGUACCCGGCAGUGGGCAAGGACGGCGAGAUCCCCUGCCGGCGGAUGCGCAGCGGCAGCUACAUCAAGGCCAUGGGCGAUGAGGACAGCGCCGACUCGGACGCCAGCGCCAAAGUAUUGCCCAGGGCGGCCGCGCGGCGAGACAGCUACCGCCGCUCCUCCAGCGCCGACCAGGCCAGGACCAAGUUUGCAAGUAGGCACUAUUCUGAUUCAUAUAUCUGUAACUGUCCCAGCUGCUGCACGCCACCGCGAAUGCUCCCGCGGGGACAGGGCUAUGGGCGUUCCUUCACCACCGGCCAGAUCAACGACGAGCUGAACCACCAGUUCGAGGCCGUCUGCGAGUCGGUGUUUGGCGAGGUGGAGUCGCAGGCGGUGGAGGCGCUGGACCUGCCCGGCUGCUUCCGCAUGCGGAGCCACAGCUACCUGCGGGCCAUCCAGGCGGGCUGCUCCCAGGACGACGAAUGCCUCUCGCUCUUCUCCAUGUCGGCCCCCGCCGGGCCGCCCAUCACCAGCAGCAUCCUGAAGCCCAGCACCUCCUUCAGUUACAGAAAAGCUCCACCUCCCAUCCCUCCAGGAACCAAAGCCAAACCCCUCAUCUCCGUCACGGCGCAGAGUAGCACCGAGUCCACCCAUGAGAGUUACCUGCCCAGCGAGGUUGCCCGCAGCCCCGCCUGGUCCAAAGAUGCCGCGGCCCGUUGCAACUCAGCCGAGAGCCUGGAGAGCUCCAAGGUGACGGCCGUGGCCCUCGACCUGCCCCCAGUCCAGCCCCGCACUGCUCCCAAGCCCUCCACACUCAUCAUCAAGGCCAUCCCCGGCCGGGAGGAGCUGAGGAGCUUGGCUCGGCAGCGCAAGUGGCGUCCCUCCAUCGGCGUCCAGGUCGAGGCCAUCUCGGACUCAGAUACGGAGAGUCGGAGCCAGAGGGAGUUCCACUCCAUUGGGGUGCAGGUGGAAGAGGACAAAAGGCGAGCGCGCUUCAAGCGCUCCAACAGCGUGACAGCGGGUGUGCAGGCAGACCUGGAGCUGGAGGGAUUCGCCGGGCUGGCUGUGGCCACCGAGGACAAAGCCCUGCAGUUUGGGCGCCCCUUCCAGCGGCACUCCUCGGAGCCCGAGUCCGGCCGGCAGUACGCCGUGUACAAGACGGUGCACACGCAGGGGCAGUGGGCGUACCGGGAGGACUACCAGCUGCAGUAUGACACGGUGGAGGUGCCCCGGCGGGACGCCUGGAUGGAGCGGGGCUCCCGCAGCCUCCCCGACUCCGGCCGUGCCUCCCCCUGCCACCGCGAUGGCGAAUGGUUCAUCAAACUGCUGCAGGCAGAGGUGGAGAAGAUGGAGGGCUGGUGCCAGCAGAUGGAGAGGGAGGCUGAGGACUAUGACCUACCGGAGGAGAUCCUGGAGAAGAUCCGCAGUGCCGUGGGCAGCGCCCAGCUCCUCAUGUCCCAGAAGGUGCAGCAGUUCUACCGCCUCUGCCAGCAGAACAUGGAUCCCAACGCAUUCCCCGUGCCCACCUUCCAAGACCUGGCCGGCUUUUGGGACCUCCUGCAGCUCUCCAUCGAGGACGUCAGCAUGAAGUUCGCGGAGCUCCAGCAGCUCAAGGCCAAUGGGUGGAAGAUUGUGGAGCCCAAGGAGGAGAAGAAGGUGCCUCCCCCGAUACCAAAGAAGCCGCCGCGCUCCAAGGUGCACCCGGUGAAGGAGCGCUCCCUGGACUCGGUGGACCGGCAGCGGCAGGAGGCCCGCAAGCGGCUCCUGGCAGCCAAGCGAGCUGCCUCCUUCCGCCAGAGCUCGGCCACCGAGAGCGCGGACAGCAUCGAGAUCUACAUCCCCGAGGCGCAGACCCGGCUGUGACCGCAGCUGCCGCUUUUCUACCCGGACUGGACGGCGCAGCCGUAGCUCACUGUGAUGGGGGCCGCGGGGACACCCUGGGGCAGCUCUUGGCCCCGCUCACAGCUUUUCUCUUUUCUAUCUUAGACCUUUUCGUGGAUCCAACGGUGGGUGAACGCAAGCCCGGUUCUGCCCUGUCCCGUUGCCCCCUGCCCGCAUGCCCCUGCCAGCCUCUCCCGGGGUCCGGGGCUCUCCCUCCCUCUGUCCAUCCUCCCUGGGGCCAUGUCCCAGCUCUGUCCCCUUCUCACCCCCCAGACCUUCUGCACCCCCCCAUGUCCCAAUUGAGAGGUGACCCUCAGCUCCCGGCCCUGCCGGGUUGGAGGGGAGGGGGCUGCAGGCAGGCCCCCUGCCUCUCUGUACUCAGUGCAAUCCCCCGGUGCACACCGGGGAUGGGUCCCCAGAGUCCCCCAACCAGAGCCCCCCCAGCCCCGCUCCCGGCUCUGCCAGCACGAGGCUUCAGGACACGGCUGGGACAAGGGGCUCCCCCCGCCUGCCUCCUGCUCGGGUGCCAUGGGGGGCUCCUUCCCCUCUAUACAUAUAUAAAUAUAACCUGAGGAAUAAACCAGAAACUCCACGUGACCAGCGCUGUGUUCUAGCUGGUGGGACGCACCAGAGCAGCAGAAACCCCUCGGUCACGGUGAGCCGCCCCGCUUGCCUUGCCCAGAGCAUCGCGAUGCGCUUCUCCCCAUCCCGCUCAGCCCUUCUGCUCCAUCAGUCUGUCCCUCCGUCCAUCCAUCCUUCCCUCAUGCCAGCCAGGAGCAUCUCUGCAGCGUGGCACUAACCAGUGAUGGGGACAUUGUCCCCCCAUGCCUGGGAUCUGUGUCCCCGGUGUGCAAGUGAGGAGGUAGUGGCGGGGAGACCUGCCCACAGCCCAUUGGCACCCGUGGGGCCGGGGACCGUGGUGGCUCUGCCCUGGGCCAAGCUUGGUGCCAGCGGGUGGGAUGGCAGCGUGGACACGGCUAGGAACUGCCACCUGAAUACAGAGCUGCUAGAGAUCACCCAGAGGGGGUCACCCCUUGUCCCCAAGCUCCUGGUGUCCCAUGGGGAGGGGACACCCCAGGACAUGCACCUAGUACCCUUUAGGACCAGGGGCCACCCUGGGACACUGCUGCUCACUGCACAGACUGCGAGCAUGGCAGGGGGUCCCCUGUGUCCCCUCCAGGGCAGAGCAGCAUGGCAGGACAGGAGGUUGCAUCUGCCCCAUCCCUGGUCCCUCUCCAUGCAUCCUGUCCCCCACAGUGUCCCUUUUGGUGGCAGAAAGGGGAAGACACUGUCCCCAACCCCUGCCAUGCCAGCAGCAUCACCAGCCACCCCCCAGGCAGGGCCCAUGGGUGCCGGGCAGCUCCCAAAAUCCGGGGCCAAACCUUGCCCAGGGCCCUCGGGCAGAGCAGCGGAAUCGGAGGCAGCUGGAGGGGCCCAGCUCAUGCCUCCCAUGUCACGGGGGGCCAGGGCUGGGCGGGGGGACACCUCACUGGGGGUCUGUUGGUGCUAAACACCCCCAGGACGGCAGUGCCCGCUCGGCCACCCACAGCCCCUUCCCACCCCGCUCCCCCCUGCACCCCAGAUUUAGGGACAUGCCUGGGAAGGGCCCCUUGGCCCCCGCCCUGGCCAGCGCCGUGCAGUGACCGUGACACGUGGCUCCCUUUUUAUUGUAACGAACCGCCGCAAUUAAUAAAGAUGACUUUGGUUACUCCGGGCCAGCGGCCACCUCCCCACGGGGACAUGGCCAGCGCCGGGCUCGCCUU